GCGCGGCAGCGGCGGGAGCGCGGGCGGCGGGCGCGGAGCCCCCGCGCCAUGGGCGGGCGGCGCGGAGCGGCGGCGCGCAGCCGGCCUCGCCGGGGGUAGCCGCCCGCGCCCCGCACCCGCGGAGCCCGGUAUGAACUGAGACGGGCACGGAGGAUGGCGAGCGCCCUCGGCCCGCGGUGGCCCCGGCGCUCGGCUCCGGGCGGCGGCGGGGGGUUUCUCUUCGUGCUGCUCUGCGCCUCGGCCGGCCUGCCACGGAGCGGCCAGCAAGUGCUGCGUAUCGCAGCACCUGUGAUUCUUCUCUUUCUCCAAAGUCCUCUUGGCUAUCUCCAAAUGACAAGCAGCAAGAGGCAGCAGUGUUCUUUCCAGGAGACACACAGCCAGCAGACCAAACCUGCAGGAGGGAUAUUCGAAACUGUGGAAAAUGAACCUGUUAAUAUUGAAGAAUUGGCUUUCAAGUUUGCAGUCACCAACAUUAAUAGAAACAGAACACUGAUGCCUAAUACCACAUUAACCUACGAUAUCCAGAGAAUUAACCUUUUUGAUAGUUUUGAAGCCUCAAGAAGAGCAUGCGACCAGCUCGCUCUUGGUGUAGCUGCUCUGUUCGGACCUUCCCACAGCUCCUCCGUCAGCGCUGUGCAGUCCAUUUGCAAUGCACUGGAAGUCCCACACAUUCAGACCCGAUGGAAGCACCCGACGGCGGACAACAAAGACGCGUUUUAUAUCAACCUCUAUCCAGACUACGCAGCCAUCAGCAGAGCAGUUUUGGAUCUUGUGCUAUACUACAACUGGAAAAUAGUGACAGUAGUGUAUGAAGACAGCACAGGUCUAAUUCGCCUGCAAGAACUCAUCAAAGCCCCUUCUAGAUACAACAUUAAAAUCAAAAUCCGCCAACUACCCUCUGGGAAUAAAGACGCCAGGCCUUUACUCAAGGAGAUGAAGAAGGGCAAGGAGUUCUACGUGAUAUUUGAUUGCUCACAUGAAACAGCAGCAGAAAUCCUUAAGCAGAUUCUCUCCAUGGGAAUGAUGACCGAAUACUACCACUACUUUUUUACAACACUGGAUCUAUUUGCAUUAGAUCUGGAACCUUACAGAUACAGUGGAGUAAAUAUGACAGGCUUUCGCCUGCUCAACAUAGAUAACCCACAAGUUUCGUCGGUCAUUGAGAAAUGGUCAAUGGAACGUCUGCAGGCACCACCAAAACCAGAGACUGGCCUUCUCGAUGGCAUGAUGACAACUGAAGCAGCUCUGAUGUACGAUGCUGUUUACAUGGUAGCAGUGGCCUCCCAGCGUGCCUCCCAAAUGACUGUCAGCUCCCUGCAGUGCCACAGACACAAGCCAUGGCGUUUUGGACCCAGAUUUAUGAAUCUGAUAAAAGAGGCACGGUGGGAUGGCCUGACAGGGCGCAUAACCUUCAACAAAACUGAUGGCUUACGGAAGGAUUUUGAUUUGGACAUUAUUAGCCUCAAGGAGGAAGGAACAGAAAAGGCUGCUGGCGAGGUUUCUAAUCAUUUGUAUAAAGUGUGGAAGAAGAUUGGGGUUUGGAAUUCAUACAGUGGCCUUAACAUGACAGACAGCAACAAGGACCGAUCAACCAACAUCACGGAUUCCUUGGCUAACCGGACUCUUAUCGUCACCACCAUUUUGGAAGAUCCCUACGUUAUGUACAAGAAGUCUGACAAGCCCUUGUAUGGAAAUGACAGAUUUGAAGGUUAUUGCCUGGACUUACUAAAGGAGCUGUCAAAUAUUUUAGGCUUCAUCUAUGAGGUCAAACUUGUUUCUGAUGGUAAAUAUGGAGCCCAGAAUGACAAAGGAGAGUGGAAUGGCAUGGUCAAAGAACUCAUAGAUCAUAAAGCUGAUCUGGCCGUUGCUCCUCUCACUAUUACCUAUGUAAGAGAGAAAGUAAUCGAUUUUUCCAAGCCCUUCAUGACGCUGGGAAUAAGUAUCUUGUACCGGAAGCCCAAUGGGACAAACCCUGGUGUUUUCUCCUUUUUAAAUCCUCUUUCUCCUGAUAUUUGGAUGUAUGUUCUCCUAGCCUGCCUUGGAGUCAGUUGUGUCCUCUUUGUCAUUGCAAGGUUUACACCAUAUGAAUGGUAUAACCCCCACCCGUGCAACCCAGACUCAGAUGUGGUGGAAAACAAUUUUACUUUACUAAAUAGUUUCUGGUUUGGAGUUGGAGCUCUCAUGCAGCAAGGAUCAGAGCUGAUGCCCAAAGCUCUUUCUACCAGAAUAGUCGGAGGAAUAUGGUGGUUUUUUACCCUAAUCAUAAUCUCAUCCUAUACUGCCAACCUGGCUGCCUUCCUCACUGUGGAGAGGAUGGAAUCCCCCAUCGAUUCAGCAGACGACUUGGCAAAGCAAACCAAGAUAGAGUACGGGGCUGUUAGAGAUGGAUCCACAAUGACCUUCUUCAAGAAAUCCAAAAUAUCAACAUACGAGAAGAUGUGGGCGUUCAUGAGCAGCAGGCAGCAGACAGCACUGGUGAAGAACAAUGACGAGGGAAUCCAGCGUGUGCUGACCACAGACUAUGCACUGCUCAUGGAGUCGACCAGCAUAGAGUACGUGACUCAGAGAAACUGCAACCUCACCCAGAUCGGGGGGCUCAUUGAUUCGAAAGGCUACGGCGUAGGAACCCCUAUUGGGUCUCCUUACAGAGACAAGAUCACCAUUGCCAUCCUCCAGCUCCAGGAGGAGGGAAAGCUGCACAUGAUGAAGGAAAAGUGGUGGCGAGGCAACGGCUGCCCUGAGGAGGACAGCAAAGAAGCCAGUGCUCUCGGGGUGGAGAAUAUCGGUGGCAUCUUCAUAGUGCUUGCUGCAGGGCUUGUUCUUUCGGUGUUUGUAGCCAUUGGUGAAUUUAUAUAUAAAUCAAGGAAAAACAGUGAUAUUGAGCAGGCCUUUUGUUUCUUUUACGGACUACAAUGUAAGCAAACCCACCCGUCCAACUCCACCUCUGGCACCACCUUAUCUACGGAGUUAGACUGUGGCAAGUUAACCCGAGAGGAGCGAGGGAUUCGAACACAGCCCUCAAUUCAUACUGUAUAGUCAGGAAAGAAAAAAGUGUCUUUCUUUCAAUGCGAUAAUGGAGGAGCUUGGAAUUUCACUCAAGCAUCAGAAGAAGUUGAAGAAAAGGUCAAGAACGAAGGGGAAAUCUUCCUUCACAAGUAUCCUUACUUGUCACCAGAGGCGGACACUGAGGAAAGAAACCAUAGCAUGAGCAAGACAGAACCCCGGGAGGAAAUAUCAGGGGCAAAAAUAAAACAAAAACAAAAACAUUGCUGCCUACAAGUGGAUCGUGGUGGGAUUUCUGAAAUAUAGACAUUUACCUUGUUCUUCAGAAAUUCUCUGUGGUUUCUUUUUUUAAUCUAGAGGUACAGCAGUUUAAAUGCUCACAUAGACUGAUGUACUACUAAUCAUCUGGGAAGUGUCUCACUGUUUCUUUUGAGAUGGAUUUGUAUGCUCUCCUGUUUUGCAUCUCUCUUCCCCUCCCCAUGCAUUGCUGUAUGUGCUUUCUAAAUAAAUAAAUAAACAAGAGACAGGGUUCUUUUUUCCAGUAA